AGCUUCUAGCGUUCUAUAACCAACUAAUCUUGCUCCAAUCUGGUAUCUGUUUCUAUCCGGUUCCGUAGGAGUGCUGGAUACCAGAAACCCCACGCCCAGCGAGUAUCGUGGUUUCAUCUCAUAUUCAUCUCGCCACCGCCGCCUUCUUCCAUCACAGACCUGAAGAUUAGUGCGGGACACCGUGGCAGCAAUUUUUUCUAUUCCGUCCGGCAAUCUUCCUCCUGGUCACCAGAUGAAAACAUGUAAGACGGUGUCUGUGUGCACCCCACUAGAGGAGGAUCAAGGCACACAUGUGUUUGAUAUCUUGGGUUACAGCAAGCACAAGGGCAUGGGCCAUGACCUGGAUAGCUACAUAAGGUCUGGGAUUUUCUCCGUCGGCAGCCAUGACUGGGGAAUCUUCUUCUAUCCCGACAGGCUUAAUGGAUAUGGCCUAGAUUACAUCUCAGUAUAUCUCAUUCUUUUGAGCAACAAUGUUAAACUCCGGGCAUCCUGUGACAUGAGGCUCGUGGACCAGUACACUGGAUUCCCAUUUUCAGUGCAUAAAACAGAACUUAGAACUUUCAGUUCCGGUGACUUCACUAACUUUGCUCCUGAGACUCCUUAUUUCAUGAGGCGAAGUGAGUUUGAGGGAUCUCCGUACCUUAGGGAUGAUCGCUUGACGAUCGAAUGCAUCGUCACUGUUUUCAAGAUGCCACAUGUUACUGAAACCAAAUCAUUCCCCAAAAUCGACAUGCCACAACCUGACAUGACUGAGAAUGUCAGCAAGCUACUUGAAGAAAUGACAGGAUUUGAUGUGAGUUUCAUUGUUGGAGGAGAGACUAUUGAAGCACAUAGGUUUGUUCUCACUAUGAGGUCGCCUGUUUUCAAAGCAGAGCUCUAUGGGUCGAUGCAGAAGGCGAGGCUGGGGGAGUGCAUAACCAUCAAGGACACGCAACCUGCCAUUUUCAAGGCCCUGCUCCAUUUCAUCUAUACUGACUCUUUGCCUAGCAGCGAGGAUACAGAGAUGAUCCGGCUUUUACUAGUGGCCGCGGAUAGAUAUGCAAUGGAUAGGCUCAAGCUGGUUUGCCAAAGCAUCCUUUGCGAGGAUUUGAAUGUGGACACCAUCACAACCACAUUGGCUUUUGCUGAGCGACAUAACUGCCACCAGCUUAAGGAUGCUUGCCUUGAAUUUAUCAAAUUAUCAAAUUUCAUGGAUGAUGUGGUGGGAACCCAACGCUUAAAGGAUCUCAAGGCGACUUGCCCAUCUUUCAUUGUGGAUGAACUGGGGAAGAGAAGGAAGUUUUCAUGAAGCAUGAGCAACUAUAUUGGUAGAUUUGCUAAAUUUCUCGUACCAAAUUUUCGUAGGGAUGAUCAGCUCAAUGUUAGAUGAAUCCAAGAGUGGUUAGGUUAAUUCUGAAGUGAUAUAAAUGGCGUGAAAGUCGCCCUAAUCAACCUGUCCAAAUCAGAACUUUUUAUUUAUCAGUUUGUUGAUUUUAUCUAGAGUGCUUCUCUGCUACCUGUAAGACUUGCUCUUAAUUUUUUUUUCAGAAGUUCCUUCCCUUUGUUGAGCAUUUGUUGCCCCUCUCCCUUUGACUUUCUAUAAAAGUUUGUCUCCUCUCAGAUUCGUCUCAGUGCCCUCUCGCUGCCAGUCCACCAUGGCUCCGGAGGCCCUUGGGUCUUUCCAAGACGCGAUGAAUCGCAGCUCGUCAGUAGCGCGACUUGUCAUCAUUGUAACACAAGAGAAAGAACU